AUGCAUUGUCGUUAUAUUACUUGUCGAUUGAUAAAUUUAUAUAAACAAGACUUAUCAUUAUGUAAACAAAGAUCACAAUUAUUUUCUCGUUAUUUCACGACAAAUAUUCAGUCACAGUCAAACACACCAACACGUCGAUGGACAAUUAAACGAUAUGUUUUACUAUUUGGACUACCAAUAACAAGUGUUUUAUUCUAUCGUUUCUCAACAAACUUUGAAAAACGACGAAAGCAUAAAAUUAUCUUAGGAAGUAUUAUACGAGCCAUUCGAGCUGUUUCAGUUGGUAUAGAAUCUAUGAUCGAUCAAAAAUUGAGUUUAUUAUUCAAGAGAAAAGGUACUGACGAAUAUAGAACUGCAUUACAAACAUGUCGACGUCGAAAUGGUAAACGUUUGGCUAAUUUUUGUAUUGAUGCCGGUGGUGUAUAUGUCAAAAUUGGUCAAGCAUUUAUAAAUCUUCCAGAAGUUAUACCAUUGGAAUAUUAUGAAGAACUACAAAUUCUUGAAGAACAUGCUCUUCGUCGAGAAAAAGGCGGAAUUGAUUCUUUAUUUAAACGAUAUUUUCGUGAUAAACCAGAAAAUAUUUUUGGAAAAUUUGAUCGAAAUCCCAUAGCAGCAGCUUCAUUAGCUGAAGUUUAUCGAGCUGAAACAAAAGCGGGAGAACCAGUUGCUGUUAAAGUACAAUAUUUUGAUUUACGUGAACGUUAUGAAACUGAUAUUGCCACGGAAUUACAUGAUGAUUUAACAUUAGAAUUAGAUUUUCUUCAUGAAGCAAGAAAUGCUGAACGUUCUCGUGAAUCUCUUAAACAUUUAGAUUAUGUUUAUGUACCAAAAGUUCAUUGGAAUUUAACAAAGAAACGCAUUUUGACUUACGAAUAUGUCGAAGGUAUAACAAUUGAUCGCGUAGAUGAAUUAAAAAAAGUAAAUCUGUCAUUAAAAGAUAUUGAUGAAAAAUUAAUUCGUCUAUUUGCUGAACAAAUGUUUCGUACUGGAUUUGUACACGCUGAUCCACAUGCUGGUAAUGUUCAUGUUAAAAUAAAUCAAAAAAGUAAAUCAAAAGAUUUUCCACAAGCACAAAUUGUUCUUCUUGAUCAUGGUCUUUAUCAAAAUUUGUUAAGUGAAGAGCGUAAAAUUUUUUGUGAUUUAUGGAUGGCAACAUUAAAUAAUGAUCAUGUACGAAUGAAACAAUCUGCUACGGCAUUAGGUGCACCAGACAAAGAUUAUGAAUUAUUUUGUACAUUAUUUACAAUGAAGCCAUCAGCUGAUACACAACAAUAUACUAUUCCAUCAUACGCAAAUGAUUGGGAUCCAUUACCACGUGAAAUACAAAUGUAUGCUAUAAAAAGUGGAAAAUUUCUAAUGCCAACUGAAGAUGAAUAUAAUAAUGAAUUAACAAAUGAACAACGUACACAAUUACAAAAACAUUUUCGAAAAUUAAUGGAUAAAAAACGUACUGCAUUAUUUCGUAUUCUGAAACAAAUGCCAAAAACAAUGUUUCUUUUAUUAAGAAAUCUUAAUGCUGUACGCCAUACAUUAAAAACUCAUCAUGUUCCUGAUGUUGAUCGUACACGUAUAGUGACUGAAGUUUGUCAACAAGCAUUAAGAGAAUUCGAAACAAAAAAAAGGAAAAUAUAA